CUGGCGAACGUAGUAUAUUUUCAGACUCUAAUUCGUUAAGAUUUCUGGACAGUGACUAGUGGGCACUGUUAAUCUUACCGCAGUUAGUAUUACUAUAACUCUAUGAACUUCAAUCUACUAUGUAUGCUGAAUUGAAGUUUUCAUGUUGCUUUGUUUUCCUUGGUCAACUGUGGCUCCUCACUUUCGGCGCACAUGUGAAGCAGAAACCGGCAUCUAAAGAGAAACCAUACGCCUCUAUCCUGUACACUGCUGUAGUUGGGGGGAAAGUAGCCCUACCAUGUGACAUAUCCUCCCCAGCUGCUGACGAUUCUGCUGCUCUAAUUCUUUGGUAUAGGGGAGAAUCAGCUCAACCAAUCUACACACUCGACGCUCGAAGAGGUAAAAUCAAGCAAGCUCGACAAUCUGUUAGCUCUCAGCUAGAAAACAGGGCCUACUUCAACAUGAUUAACAGACCUGCCUUUCUGCAGCUAGACCCCGUGAGGCUAGACGAUGCUGGAGAAUACAGAUGUCGUGUAGAUUUUCACAAAGCUCGAACUAUAAACACGAUUAUCACCUUAAAAGUCAUUGUUCCACCUGGAGAUCCUUUAGUGCUCAACGAAAAAGGAAAAGAGCUCAAAGGGAUGGUAGGCCCUUUUAAUGAAGGUGAAACCAUCAAACUCUUAUGUAAAUCCACCGGAGGGAAACCUCGGCCUUCCGUGAUUUGGUGGAAAGAAGAUAUUUUACUCGACGAUAGUUACACCUUUAAACCUCACGACGUCGUUGAUAAUGAAUUAACUAUCAUGAACAUAAAACGGAAGGAUCUCCUUUCUGAGUUGACGUGCAAAGCCUCAAACAGUAACGUUACUGUUCCCGGCUCAGUUUCUGUUACUCUCGAUUUAAACUUGAAGCCUAAAAGGGUAAAGAUUCAGUCCGCAAUACGCCCUUUUUCUGCCGAAGAAGAAGUAGAGCUUCGUUGUUCUUCAAGUGGAUCCCGGCCUUCAGCCUACAUCACUUGGUGGAAAGGAAACGAGCAGCUUCAGCAAACAAAGCUCAACGUCGAUAACACCGGGCUAGAAACUAGUAUCCUUACAUUCACACCGUCCAUUACUGACGAUGGAAAAUACCUUUCCUGCAGAGCCGACAAUCCACUCAUUCCCAACAGUGCUGUAGAGGACGGUUGGAAGCUGGAAGUCUAUUAUAAACCUCAAAUCUCACUUGAAUUGGGAGCCAGCAGAAAAGCAGAAAAAGUUAAGGAAGGUGACGAUGUUUAUUUUGAAUGUCACAUUCGAGCAAACCCUUGGGUUUCUCAAGUGUUUUGGCACUUCGAAGGACGUUCUCUGACAUCCAACAACUCUAUAGGUAUCAUCAUCACCAACCAAACUCUCGCCAUACAUCACGUACAACGUGAAUUUAGAGGGCGUUACUCCUGCUCUGCACAGAACGUAGAAGGUCUAGGUGUCAGCAAUGAGAUCUUUCUGAAGGUUAAGUAUGUCCCUCGGUGUGAUCUUAAUCAAAAAACUACAUACGGCGUGGCGAUAAACGAGGCAGUUGAAGUUGUGUGUCGGCUAGAUGCUGACCCGUCAGAUGUAACUUUUCACUGGAGGUUUAACACCACUACGAAACAUUCAGACGCAAUACAAUACACCAGCGAUCAGAUAGAGAGUAUUGCAACCUACAUACCCCAGUCAGGGGAGGAUUUUGGGAACCUAUUCUGUUGGGGGACAAACAAUAUUGGCAUUCAGAUCAUCCCUUGUGUCUUUACUAUAGUCCCUGCAGGGCCGCCAAAUCCUUUGCAGAACUGCUCUGUCCUCAAUCAAACUCAAGAUCAAAUUGCUAUUGAAUGCCUAGAGGGCUACGAUGGAGGGAUGACUCAGAAAUUCUCUCUCGAAGUCUACACGGUGGAACACAACAGUCUACAAGCCAAUUUAACUUCGAAGUCUCCGCGCUUUAAACUUUCUAACCUGUCUGUUGGGACACUCUUUAGACUACAUGUAUACGCAUGGAACGCGAAGGGAAGAAGCAGUGUUGUGAUCAUUUCAGCCAGUACUCUCAAACCAGCUGAGAAGCUCACUGACAACGGAAAGACGGGAAAAUCAGUCAUUGUUCGACCUGUGUUAGUUGCUCUUAUUGCUGUUGUAGCUCUUCUUGUUGUAGCUGCUGUCGUUGUUGUCAUCCUCAUCAAGUAUAAAAAUUUGCGCAAAAGAAAAGCUGGCCAGACUAGGAGAACUCAUCCAGAUAAGUCUCAAACUCCACUGUGGAAAGAUGCGAGUGACUUAAGUGAGCUAGAUGAUAAAGGACCUGACAUAAUCCCAGCACAAACUCUCAGCAGAUCAACAUUUGGAGAUACUUCUUUUAUGACGGGCGAAGACGACGAAAAAAGAGAAAAAUCCAUAAGUUUAAUUAGCCCCAUGGAGACCUUUUAUGGAAGUUCUUCUCUGUUAGAAGGAACUUCUUCACCAAAAGAAGCUUGUUACAGCAUUUCGACUCCUACGGAAAGUGUAUCUAUUCAUCCCCUCACUCUAUCAACAAAAAGAGACGACGUUUCUUACGAAGGACUGACACCAGCAAUAGCGACGCAUUGCUUCGCAAACGUCAUAUCGCACGAUUCUAGACCAGAAUGUUCCGAGACGAGACUGAGACGUCACAUUUCCGAGAAGAGCAACGAAGAAAGUGGCGCCACCUGUGAAACGCCUCUAAUGGAAAGCAGGCAAGAAAGUUCAGUGUGACGAAGACGACUUCGUUCUAUCUUUAUUGCUCAAAGUGCCUUAUUUUGAUUUCAACAUUUCUCCUAUGUGUAUGGUGGAAUAAAUGUACGUAAAAAAUCUUGUGCAACCAGUAUCAAGAUAACUUCAAAUUAAUGACCGUCGGAUUAAAUAUACAAGUUAAGCAGAAAGCCUCACAAUGGGGUAUCUAUGCUGUGCCCACAGCAAGCAUCGAACCACACAUUUUAGCGUUAUAUGUUUUCAAGCUUAUAGCUGAUCCACUGGGAAUCGUUUUCUGAGUCUUCAUUUUAUGUCAUGUGUGUGUGUUUGUGUACGUACGUUUUAAAAACUUUACUCAAGGAAAUUGUUGGAUUAUCCUGUUUUAAUCAUUUACAUCACACGUUUUUCUUCACACUAAGAAGAAUAUCUCUUGGCUGUACUUCAGAACUGUGAUCAAAUGAUAGUUAAAUGCAGGGCUCCGUUACCACACUUCACACCACACGUAUUUGUAAUUCUGUUAUGAGCAUAUGAAUUGUUACACCUUUAACCAGACUAGAUCUUUUAAAGAUUUUACUUCUUAGUCUCCAAAUUAUGUUGCUUUUUUAAAAGUGAGUACGGAGCACCCUGACAGGCGAAAAGUUUAACUCUUUCCAGUUGAAGCUUCUCAAACCUGGUGAUUCUUUAGAGAAUUUGGCUUAUUAUUCAUCGGUUGAUUUUGCUUCCCUAACGUCUAACAACCUAGGAAACAAAAGCCUUAACAAUGUAGAAAUGAAAUUGAAUACCUCGAUCGGAUUUAUGAAAGAUUUCAUUUGUUAGUCGUCAGGCAUUUUACUCAACUAAUGAAUGGAAAAAGUCAAGCAAAUCUAAGUCAAACUUUUCACAUCCGUUUGGGUUCUUUAAAAUAUUUCACAUCACUUCGAUAAUGGAGAUCAAGGUAAAUUAUGCAGACGUUCUUAAUCAGCUUUGUAUUAACACAUCUCUGUUGCUGGUUAUCAGAUAAUGUUACUAACCUCAUGACAAACAAAUAAAUAUGGAUAACAUUUAUCGCAACUGCCUUGUUCUUAAAGAUUUUCGCUAGACUCUCGUAGUAGUCUAUUCCUGUAAUAUAUCUGGAAACACAAUGUUUCUUAAUUCAGUCUAAAGACAAUCACAGUAAGCUAAAUUAGAUUUGGUGGCAGUAAUGUUUUUGUUAAUUCACAAAAUAAUGCCUCUCACAAAUUUAAUUUACGACCACAAAACAAAAUGUUUAUGUACAAAACUGCGACAGUUUUGUUUCAACUUUACAAUUAUUAGUUGUCUCAAACCAGACUCAAAUUUCAUAGGACAAAUUCCUACCUAAAAUUAUGUACCUUUCUUUUUCCAUAUAACCCUCAGGCACUAUGUCCUAAUAGCUAAUACUUUCCUUCUAGUGACUCAGCUACUGAAUCGCUACUUUAAAGUUCAUAUCUGCGUGUUGUCGAUAAUCACAAGAUUACUAAUAGUUCAAUCCUAAUUAGCCAACCAUGAAACAAAUAGAAAUCAUUAACCUAUAGCCAGAAUUAUAGCCUAGAUUUCUCAUAUAUGAGGUUAGGUACUUAGAGUUCUGAACGAAUCUGAUGGCCGUAAGAGGCGUCUCAGUGACUGCAAAAUUAAAUUUAAGUUGGUUAAACUUAUUCUACAACACGUGAUAUUCACCAAACAUUUCUAGUACAAAAGACACUUUGAGCCGAAUAGUCUGAUAAAAAAUUGACAAACCGAUCAACUUAUCUAGUAAGGGACUCGGAUCUAAGAACGCUUUCAAAACCUGUGUAUCGGGGGCAAGUAUUAAAACUCAAUGAUAUUGCUCACAGAUCGCUACUCAUCAGGGUCACGGUACUGGUACUCUAAUUGUCCAUAAACAAAUAAAGGAAUUCACACACAAAACCUUCAGACUUAAACUCUGUUGUCUGAGAUGGAGCUCUGAUGAAUGACAAAUCCAUUCCUCAAAUACCUUUGCAAUCCAUAGUACUAUCGAUACCCACUCCUCUCUGAAGCAUAUGAUGACGUCGUCCGUUUUUUCCUACUAAUUUUAAUUUCAAUUUUGCAUAAUCUAAUGAAGUUUAAAAAGAUUCCCACGAGCGCACACACGUUAUUCGUUUAAUUAUAUAAAUUUAGACAAGUGAUUAUUACUAGAAACAUAUAAUAAAUUAUUGAGCAUUACAACCCUUUUGGGCAUGACUGAUUCUAUGAUAAGUUUAAUAUAUUUAUUGUAUUAUGCAAAUUAAUGAUUGAAAUCACCCUUAACUUGGCAGUAACUGAAAUACUGGCAGAUCUGAAAUAAAGGUUCUAUUUAUCUUCAACAGAAGUGGUAUUAUUCCCCAACUCAUUUUGUAAAGAAAACUUCAAUAAGGUCUGGACGAUAGCUUUUUAAAACCCAUUAGAUCAUAAUACAGAUGAAUUUUUUGCCUCUCCAUCACUACGUAAUCUUUUAUCUCAUGUAUAAAUUGAUAUAAAACUGGAGCUUACUAGAAUAAAAGUGUGGGAUUAUAUUGUAAAAUUGUUUACAGACAAAUCCCUAGAUGCUGCUUCAAGUAUGCUUAAUGGAUACUAAAGUUAUCGUGGUCUUUUGUUUUGUUUUUUUCAUUGUAAAUAUCGUAAGAUAAUAAAUGUUGAUUCAACAUUUUGUAAUGUUUAAUUCCAUUAAGUACUUUAAAUAUAUACCAAGUUGCGUGUUAUUGAUUUUUGGUUCAAGUUUAAACAAAAUUUGCGUACGUUUUCAUACACUCGUUCAAGACUGUAUAAUACCGAAAUGUCAUUUCAAUAUAAUAUUAAAAUAUAUUACUAUUAUUAGAGUUGGCGUGUAUUUUGU